CGGUUUUUGGCGCCGCCAUGGCGUCACGGAGCUGUGACGUCAAAGAGAUAGAGGAGCUCCUGGAGCUCGGAAGUUUUACCUGGAGUUGGACGGAGAAGAAAGUGAAGUCGUGAAUGUCCAAGGCGGAAACAGUAUGAGCGGAGACGAUUCAGACGGUAGGUCUAGCUCCUUGUCAGGAGAUGACAGCGACUCCGAAGAGAGCGAGUUGGACGCCAGUGAUGUCCUCGCAUACGCGAAGGAACCAGAGUAUACCGAGGAUGAGAUCAUGCAGAUGGCGAGUGCGGAGCAAGUUGGUGUAAAUGCUGACGAAGCUGCAGCAGCUGCUGCCGACACUGACCCUGCAGCUUGCUUAGAGGACUGCUGGCCACCUGCCGAUCGCGUUGGCAAUACGUCGUGGUGUGAAUGUGGCAAAUGCGUCGUUCAGUUAUUGCGGAACGACUGCAUUUGCUGCAAAGAUGUUCCGGAAUCGGCAGCGAUUGGUGAGUCUGGCUGCAUUUCUUGCACCUCACAGUUCGAGGAAGGCUGCAGCAACCAGCACGCGCUCUACAUUGCACUGCGCGGCUAUUUGGACACCAUCCAUCAGCCGGCCGGAUCGAAGCCAUCUGAAUUUGAAAACCGCUCGUACCGUUAUGCAGCAUACCGACAAUACAUAUGGCUGGUAUUCGGAAAACUUGGCCGAGGAGUCCGGUACCGAAUACCAUCAUGUGCAGUUUCAGCUAUAAGGCGGAAGUACCCUAAUGCUGAAGGUGAACCAUACCAUGGAUUUGCAGAAGCAACAGAUGAUGACCAGCCACACUGGCCUGGCUAAGGGAAGCAGCAGAGGAGAGACAAGAACGUACCAAAAUCUUAUUCCUACCGUACUUUAUUAUAUACACAUAGCCUAUCUGUCACAUAAUGAUCAGUUCGGUCAAACAUCAUCUUUCUUGUCGCUUAGCUUUGCCAUUCUCGAUUGCAACUUGGCUACCACAUCUGCCUUCUUCUUUGGCGUCUGGCGCGAAAUGCUGACACUCUUGUACAUGGGUAUAGACGGAAACUCUUUUCCGAAUGCCGCCUGCUGCACGUUGUUCAUCAGCUGGCCGACAUAGUCGUAGGACUUCUCCACAUACACCUUCUUGGCUACGUAGUCACCCUUGUGACGCGAAAAUUGACUUUUGUA